GUGAGCAGCCCUUUAGAUCUGGACCAACCAAAAAGAUUCUUACAGUCAUUUCCUCCCUAGCAUUCGUUCGUUUUUCUUUUGCCCAUCUGCGAUCUCAGUGACUCUGAGCUGUUGCUGUACAUCGCGCUUCAGCCUCUUAAUCAGGAGCGUUUAGCAGUUUGCUCAAUCAUUGAAAGUGACUCGCACCCACUUCGUUUUUGCCCCCAUCUAGGCGCUCUCUGGCUUCCCUGUUUUUCCUAGGGCUCCUUUGAAAAACAGAGCUCUGUUCUUUUGACUUCUUGGGUCUCCGGUUUCUUCUUCUUCUCCUUCUUCUUCCAAUUUUUUUUGGCCAUUUCACCAAAACCCGAGCCUUAUCUUAGCUUCUCCUCCACUUUCUCAACCUGGGUUCUGUGAAAGAACUUUCCUUUCUGAGAAAUAUUUGUACUUUGUAGUGUGGGCUAGCUUGAAUCCUACUUCACCAGUGACUUUUGGCCUUUAGUUUUUGUUUUUUCCUUUUCAUUUUUCUGUUUGUGGGUGUGAACGUUGUAGUUUCUUGAAAUGGGUCGGCUCUGAUUGCUUCUGUUUUGCUCGAGGGACCUUCAGUUCUUGAAGUAUUCCUUGCGUAUACGUAUCACACCUCUUUCAAAAGGGGUGACUUGCUCAGUCAGUCUCCUACUUUAACUGACUGAAGAAUGCUCAUUUCUAGUGAGAAAGAAGAGCAUAUGUCUUUGCCUUUGGAUGAUUUGAGAAAGCCCUUGAAAUCACCCCCAAUGGAAUCAAACUCUGAUUCCUUAGAUGGGUAUCCGCCUGCUUCUGAAUCGUCCGACUCGCCACCUCUGAUCCAUGGAUACACAGACGUCACCAUCAUCCCGGAGCAUGAGAAGCACGAGCUCGAGCAAACAAUCUUGAAUCUGGAAGGAGAGAUUCUGCAAUUGCGGCAGAAGCAGAAAUUGUUGGAUGAGAAGCGGAGAGAGGCAUUGAAUAACAUAAUAGAUAUUAAAGGAAGCAUUCGAGUGUUUUGUCGUGUCCGGCCAUUUCUAUCAAAAAACAGAAGAAAGAACAUAAACCCCAUUUCGACCGGUUUGGAUAAAAUCGUGGUGAAAUUGUCUGGCGGGGCCAAGGAAUUCGAGUUUGAUAAGCUGUUCCAGCAAGAAUCAAGCCAAGAAGACAUUUUUGCGGAGGUAGAACCGAUUCUCACAUCUGCGCUCGAUGGGCACAACGUGUGCGUGUUGGCUUAUGGACAAACCGGCACUGGCAAGACGUACACAAUGGACGGAGUAAAUGAUAAGCCGGGAAUUGUCCCUCGAGCUCUCGAGAAGCUUUUCAGCCAUGCCUUUAGGGACAAGUCGUCUUCUCUAACAUUUUCCAUGAGCAUGUUGGAGGUAUAUAUGGGUAAUCUAAGAGAUCUGCUGGCUCCAAAACCGAUCUGCAGGACGUAUGAAACUUCAGCUCGGUGCAACCUCAACAUUCAGACGGAUCCAAAGGGUCUGGUUGAAAUCGAGGGCCUCAUGGAAGUUCAAAUCCCCGACUUGGGGAAGGCAAAGUGGUGGUACAACAAGGGCAGACGGUCUCGAUCUACUUCGUGGACUAACGUGAACGAGAAUUCUAGCAGAUCACACUGCUUAACAAGAAUCUCCAUUGUCCGCAAAUGGGAUUCGGAUGCCAAAGCAGAAUCGAGCAAGCUGUGGAUGGUCGAUCUUGGAGGGAGUGAGAGGUUGCUGAAAACAGGAGCCAUUGGACAAACACUUGACGAGGGACGGGCCAUAAAUCUGUCCCUUUCGGCUUUAGGUGAUGUUGUUGCAGCUCUCAGGAGGAAGAGAGGUCAUGUCCCUUACAGAAACAGCAAGUUGACGCAAAUCCUCAAAGAUUCUCUAGGCGAUGGUUCGAAGGUCUUGAUGCUUGCGCAUGUUAGUCCUUGUGAAGAAGAUGUUGCAGAGACCGUUUGUUCCUUGAGUUUCGCCAAGAGAGCAAGAGCAGUCGAGUCCAUUAGAGAAAUGCCCGAGGACUUGAAGAAGCUGAGGGAGAAAAAGUUGGCGGAACUUGAAGAGCAUAUGAAAGAAGCCGAGGAAGAGUGUCAUAUCGUCACGGAUCAGUUGCUCAAAGCCGAAUUUCUUCUAAGUGAGAACAAAAAGCUCUUCUCAUCCACAUACGAUCUUGUUGAAGGUAUCGAGAAAACUGCGAGCCCCAAAGAUUCGAAGGAAGUGCUUGGAACUCCGCCGACAUCUGCCAAAAUCAUUAAGCCAACAAUAUGCAAUUCUCUGCCUCGGUUCAUGACCUCGACGGCGGCGAGCCGCCAGAGGCAAAGCGCUUUGGAAAGAGACAUUGUCGGGAGAACAAAAAGCUGGAGAUCGGCAACGAGAAGCUCGAUCCAGUUUUCGGGUUCUCAGUCCUUUGGCUAUUCAGAUCUGCACUUGAAAGCAAUUUUAGAGAAGUCGAACAAAAAAUCGCGGUACGCAGAACCAAAGGCUCUCCUGACCGAGAGUCCUAAAUGCAUCGGCUCGGAUUCAAAACCCUCUUACUUGCCGCGAAGCAAGAUGGUAACAUCUUCGGAUCCGAACGUGAGAGCCACACUCGGCCGUCACAGGAGGAGGAUGUCGAAUCUGAUCUGAAGCAACCAGCAUUUCGAUUGCUGAUCGAUUGGGGUGCUUUGUGUAGGCUUCUUGGUGAUUUUAGUGUGUACCAAUGUGUGUGUUUUACUAGUUCAUACAUACUUGUGUGGAGUGUGAGGGGGUGUUCAUAGGAGUGCGCAUUUACGUCGUGAUUAUACAUCAAUAUAGGUGCCGUUCGCUUAGAUAGGGCGGGAUCACUCUGUUAUUUGUGUACGUGAUCCUCGCGGCCUUGCCGUUUUAGAUGUGAGACUGGCUAAUCAAUCAUCGACUCUGAUCUUCGUAGCCCGUUUAGGCGCUCGAUGUGGUGCGGCUUGUACUGUCAUAACAAUGUCGAAAAAUGUGGAAACGUUCAUUUGCCUAGUUCAAUACCAGAUGUGAUUUUGAUUGCA